GCGCUUGCUCAGCCAAAAUUUGUAUUAUUUUACGUUUCUGGCGCGUGCCAGUAUGUAACUGUGAUCCCUGGACUUGAUUUUGUGCGGUAGAAGUCGUUCAGUGAGGUAAGGAUUAUAACGUAACAUCGCCAGCGGCUCUCCGGCGGCAGGCUCAGUCCGUGGGCCGGUCGAUGAAAUUUAUGAGUUCCGACUUGGUUUUUCUCCUCGGGAGGGGACACACAGGGAAUGUCUGAGGAGGCUGUCCGCCAGACACGCAGCCAGAAGAGGGCGCUGGAGAGGGAGGCUGCUCCUCUUUCUGUAGAACCAUCCAAUGAUGACAAUGAAAGCAAAAAGCCUAAAUUGGACUCAUCUGAACCUCCAGCACAGACACAAAUUAAACCUACAUCUGAACCUGGUCUUACACAGGACAAUAAAAGCCUGACUAGAGAUGGUUCAGAGUCCAAGAAAGAUCAAGUGAAGGAGCAGAGCCGCUCUCCGUUAUCUUUAGUGUUACCUCUAGCUUCUCAGCCGGGGAGGGAUGAUCGAGAGCGGACCCAGAGACAACAGACUUCUGAACCCAGCUCAGAGUUAAGGACUGACUGCAGUGACAGAGCCAGCAGAGCAAGAACAGAACAGGCUAUAGAUACAAGGAGCCAGGUCCGACCAAUGGAGCCAAAAGUGGCCAGUGGCAUGCUGGCUGCAGGAGAGGUGAAGGCCACCAUCAAAGUGGAAGUUCAGACAGGAGAGCAGCCUGUGGACAUGAGUACCUCCAGAGGCAGUAUAAAUAGGGAGAAGCGCCCUCCGUCCCCUGAAGAUGAUGAUGUCAUCAUCUUGUCAGAUAACGACUCCCCAAGUCCUCCAGUGAAUGGCUUGAGCCAUUUUAAGGAACUCGACACAGACCUGCUCAUGAAGAGCAGCCCAGCGGAGAGGGAGCAAAUCAUUAAACAGCUGAAGGAGGAGCUAAGAUUGGAGGAGGCCAAGCUGGUGCUGCUGAAGAAACUUCGCCAGAGUCAGAUACAGAGAGACACGCUUCAGAAGCCCUCUGGAUUGUCCGGUUCCUCUGCUCCCCCUCCUCUAAUUCGUGGUACAAUUACAAGCAAUAAAGGCUCCCAGCAGAUUUUGACUGCAAGGAGUUCGGGGACAGUCAUCCCUCCCCCCCUGGUGAGAGGUGGCCAGCAAGUGUCGUCCAAACAUGGAUCCCAAAUCAUAAUGCCUCCUCUGGUCAGAGGGGCACAGCCCAUCUCUGUAUCUCCACAGCAGAUCCAGGCUCUCCGUCAGCAACAGCAGCAGCAGCUGGCUGCCUCUGGAGGCUCAGGACCCCCUCCUCUGUUGUUGGGCCCAAAGACCUCAGCUCCUGCAGGCCAGAGUCACAGAGGAAUGGUCCAGCCAGGCCUCAUCAGAGUUGGCAGUAGUGCCACCACCUUGGGCUCUCCAUCAAGUUUGAAGGGCUCUUCCUCAGGAAGCGGCCUCUCGGUGGUUGGUGUGAAUGACUCUCCAGCCAGCCGACAAGCUGCAGCUAAACUUGCCCUGCGGAAACAACUAGAGAAGACCCUACUGGAGAUUCCCCCUCCCAAGCCGCCUGCCCCUGAGUUCAACUUCCUGCCCUCUGCUGCCAACAAUGAGUUUAUCUACCUGGUGGGACUGGAGGAAGUGGUACAGAAUCUACUGGACACCAUCCACAGAGGAAAAACGGGUGUUGCACUUUCCAAGCCCAUAGUCAGAGACCCCUUCGUCUGCACCCAGUGCCACACUGACUUCACCUGCCGUUGGAGGCAGGACAAGGCAAAAGGCGGGGCAGUCUUCUGUGAACACUGCAUGUCAUCCAAUCAGAAAAAGGCUUUGAAAGCUGAACAUACCAAUAGGCUUAAAGCAGCAUUUGUCAAAGCACUUCAACAAGAGCAAGAAAUAGAGCAGCGAGUAAUUCAGCAGACAUCUUCAGUCUCCCACGGUAGCUCUUCAUCCUCGCCUUCAUCAUCGCUGAAAGCUGAGCAGCUGGUGUCUCAGCAGCUGAAGCAGGCUCAGGCCAGAGCAUCCUCCCUCCAGCAUCACCGUCAGGCCAGCCAAGGGGCCAAUAUUCUUCAUCAUCACUCCAUCAAGCAGAGCUCCCAGGGCCAGCUGUCCCAUGGUGUCUCAUCAUUAGGGGUGAGGGGCAUGCCACACUCCUUCUCCUCCUCCUCCCAGCUGCAGAGUGCAGUAGCGGCCGCAGCUUUGGUCAGCCGGCCAGGUAAGCACGCCCAUGUUUCCCAUCGCUCUGUCCAGAGUUCAAAGGUGAGCAGCAGUGGGAUCGGCGGCAGCAGGAAUGUCAGCGGAAGUAGUUCUUCAUCCACUGCAUGGAAGAAGCAGAGCAGCAGCCACACAGGAGUAACCAUGGCCUACGUGAACCCCAGCCUGACAGGUCAUAAGAUGUCAGCCACGGUCGACGCCCGUCAUAGGGAGUACCUGCUGGACAUGAUCCCCUCUCGCUCUUCAAUCUCUCAGACUGCAAACACAUGGAAAUAAUGUAAACAGUACUCAGCUAGUCAUUCUUAGAUUUUGUACAGUUUCCUCAGCUUUGAUAAGUUGGUCAGCAGCUACCCCUGGAGGACUCUUUAGCAAAUACAAUCUUCUUAAGUGAAGAAAUGUUCUUCCUUUCAUUUGUUUUGACUGUCGUUUAAGUUUGCUUAUUUCCUGGUGUUUAUUUUUAAUUGCAUUGUUCUCUGGUAACUGUUCAGAAAACAGUUCAUUUGAGUGGGGCUAAAAUAAUAAAUAUAAAUAAAAAAAUCAUAUACUUGAAGGGCUUCCCCCCCCUGGGAACUUGUGUCCUCCAGACUGGGUGGUUACAUUUGUGGUAAUGUGCUCUUUUUUUUUGGGUUUAUACACCCAUUCUGCCAUGAUGUGGGUCAAACUGGCCCAAACUUUGACACUUGAAUGGUUAUGGUCAUACCGAGAGUUCAAGAGUUCACAUUUAACAAAACACACUUUAAUAAUAAAGGAAAAUAAAUCUAGUUAAGUUGUAAACUUUUCAGUUCAUCAUCCCUGUAGUUUUGUUAGGUUAUUAUGUAUUUACAGUAAGUUAUUUUUGUUUUGUUUUUUGGCUUGAUGUAUAAAAUCACUCAGUAUAUUGUGGUUUUCACAGAUGAAGAGUUUAUUCUAGCUUUGUUUUUUUCCUUCUUCUAAACAGCAUGCCAAUCUUGAACCCCUUUGUUGGUUUUGCACCUUAGCUGAAAAGGCAUGGUGUCGAUGCUUAACUCAUCUGUAAUUAGCAUUUGUAAUUUUCUUAUUUUAUAUUCAUGUCAACAUUGUAAGGUUAUUUUGAGAAUCACGUCAUGCUGAGAAAAUGCGAACUCCGAGGAGCAGAAUUGGCCACGCUGGAGUCAUCUUGGCUCAGAUUUAUUCAACCACAAUACCUGCGAUAUGCUGCUUAUAGUUAGCCCAGAAUCAGUUUUGACUAUUUUCAGCUAGCAAGACCCUGGAAAACACGUCUUUAUCUGUACCCUCACCAGAAUGCAUACAUUCUCUGCUUAUCACUGCAAUGUACAAACUUGCAACUAAAUUUAUUUGGUUUACUUUUUUCCUAGCUCCUAAAGAAAUAAAAAAGCUAUACAUUUUAA